AAAGGGCGCAUCGCGCGCCCGCGCCACGGUCCUACCUCUUCCUUAUUCAGGGCGUGGACGUGCACGUCUGGGACGGCGUGGACAUGGGAAUAAAAAUCAAGGACAACAACGGGGCAUGGGUUCCCUUGGGCGGAGGUGUUGAAAUAUGCCUUGACAGUAAUGGCAACAUCGACUCCAUCAAGGGCACGACAAGGUACGUGGCGGUGCGCGGCGCGUAAAUUUAUUUUAGGCGGAUCUCUGGCCCCGGGCGCCCGCAGGUUCAAUGAGUGGUCAGCCACGAGCUGGAGUGCUUGGGGCGACGACGACGACGACGACGACGACGACGACGGCUGCACCGACGUGAACUACCACACGUGGUACUGUCAAGAUAACGAGGUUUGGCAUGGGGGUGCUUGCAGCUCCAGUUGUAACAGUUGCACUGCUCGUUAUAAGGCCAGCGAUAUCGAUUCGCUCAGGCACUACAUUUUGGCGAGCGAUGGGGGGUACGGCUGCAACGGAUAUUGUUUCAUAUGCAGUGGCAACACCCUGCAGCAUGGUCACUACGAGGAUGGUGAGUGGAAGGAACGGUACGAGGCCCCGGCGAGCCUUCAUUGCAAUCCAAAUUGCGAGGACCAGAGCGAAUCGGUCCUUUUUCCUUUUUGGGGCAUGAUGAUCGUGUCGCAGUGUGUAUCUUUUUGCGCACAGGUGGCGAUUAUGACGACGACGACGACCUGUGGAAGCCGACGACCAAUCAAAUCGAUUUAUGGAGUGGCGAUGACGAGGACGACGACACAGACGCCUGGGCCGACAAGUACCUCGUGGAGGAGAAUUGGGACGACGACGACGAGGACGCGUGGUUGAGUGUGCACAUCAAGCCAAACACGCCCAGCGCAAUCGUCACAUCACACACUUGGACGCAGUUCCCCUUGGAUUCGGGAAUUGGAAAGACCGGUAUAAUUGCACAAGCUGAAUAUGAUACGAAAGCUCUCAAUGUCUGCUACAUAUUUACUGCCACGGGAAAGAACAAUGCGAAGGCGGAUAUUUUGUCCAAGAUCGUGUGGAAAGUCGACCCCGUGUGCACAGGGCUCUCAUGCCCGAAAAUCACCGGCGAAUUUGUCGGCCUCGACCACGAGAUUUGUAUUGACAAGAGCGGUCGUAUCGAAAAAGUUACGGGCCCGACCUCCGUCAUCGACGGGGCUGCCCCAAAGGCCACCGCGGCCGCCACCCUCCUCGCUAUUGCCGCGGCUGCCGUCGUGUUCUAGGCUCGUGCGCCCGCGCUGGGCAGCACCGCGGCCCUCCGACGGCGCGCCGGACACGCCCGGCGCCGCCUCGCCCCUCAUACCUCGCCCCCAAGUUCGCGAGCCCCCCCCCCUGCAUGCAUCCCCCCUUUACGCGUAAUCUCUUAAUUACAUUUCCCAGA